CGGGAAGCUGUGUCUCUGUCACGAAGCUCCCGUCGCUGGCAACGGCUCUGAUUUGAGCUGUUUGUCGCACCGGCGACCUCCGAGCCCCGAUCGUGGCACCUGACCACUCCAGCUGCCUUCCACUUCUGGGCAUCUAGUACCCAUCAUGUAAGCAGAGAUAGCCGGCGCGAGCAACACUGCCUCAGCCUCAGCUAUAAACUUUAUGUGCACUUGAAUACUAGACUGUUACCUUUGCCGCCUCUUGUGACUUGCUCGCACUCAACUACGAACACGCCUUGAUUGCUGAGCUCCGAACCCCACUACUGAUUGCUACCCCUCCGACGUCGCUAUGGAUCCCACCGUCAAGUACCUGCUCUCGCUCGGCGCCAUUAGAGAUCGUGCCAAGAUCGUGGGGCAGGCCGCAAAGGACGGAAAUCUCAACCACUUCGACGUCCACGAGGAUAAGCUGGAUGAUGUUGCGGACUUCGUGACUUCGGUCAUCAAGCGUGACUACGGCCCAGACAAGUUCGACACCAUCCCGCCUCACGGCCGCUGGCAGCACUUCGAGGUGGGCGGUGUGCCUCGAAUUGCUGAAUUGCUGGAGUUGUGGAAGAAAGAUGGCUGCGAUGACACAGAGCUUACGCGCCGGUUGAUUGACCUGUUCUUUGUAUCCGUGCUUCUUGAUGCCGGCGCAGGUGACCACUGGAAGUAUGCCGAGCCCGGAACGGAGCAAUCGUACGAGAGAAGUGAGGGUAUUGCCGUGGCCAGUCUGUACAUGUUCCUUGAAGGCGGUUACACCACUGAGAAGACCGGCAUCCCGCUUGUAGAUGGCAAGGGCCUGGCUCAAUUGACAACCGAAGCCCUCGCCAAAGGUCUGCAAGUCACAGAAAGCAACCCCAUGCUCGGCGUCGACUCGCGAGCAAACCUCCUCCGAGGCCUAGGCAACUCGCUCCUCGCUCACCCCGACAUCUUCGGCGAAACCGGCCGCCCAGGAAACGCCGUUGACUACCUCCUGGCCUCCGCAACUACCUCCUCCACUCUCGACAUCCUGACCUUCUGGGACCUCCUCCAGACCCUGCUCAUCCCCAUCUGGCCACAAGACCGCACAACCAUCAACGGCUCCCCCAUCGGCGACGCCUGGCCGCUGGGCGCCCUCGCCACCCAAACCAACUCCCCCAACGCCGCGGACGGCAUCCAGCCCUUCCACAAGCUCACCCAGUGGCUGACCUACUCCCUCAUGGUGCCGUUCACGCGCAUCCUGGGCAAGACGUGGGCGAACGCGGACGCGCUGACGGCGCUGCCCGAGUACCGCAACGGCGGGCUGUUCGUGGACAUGGGGGUGCUGGCGCUGAAGGCGGGGACGCUGGAGGCCGGGCUGGCGGCGUCGGGCGCGGGGCUGCCGUCGUUUGCGGCGGGGGAUGAUGUCGUGGUUGAGUGGCGCGCGAUGACGCUUGUGCUGAUUGACAAGCUGUAUCCGAUGAUUUUGGAGCGCAUGGGGGGCGCGCAGUUGAGUAUGGCGCAGUUGCUGGAGGCGGGGACGUGGAAGUCGGGGAGGGAGGUGGCGGCGAAGUUGAGGCCGGAGACGAAGUCGAGUCCGAUUAUUAUUCAAAGUGAUGGGACUGUGUUCUAAAGAGGAAGAGUAUAUGGCAGUUGCGUUUGAGUGUCGGAAGAUGCCAGACAUAUAGUGAAAUCCACAAGCAUUUGCCUGCACUCAUAUUGUAACUGAUGACGCUGCGUUCUGAAUUCUUCUGAGU